GACAAAAAAUGUUCUUUAGCCGAUUGUUGGGUGGUGUGCCAAAAUUACGAACAUCAAAGCCAAAAGUUUUACAACGACGUUUUAACCCUCUUCGAAUGCUCUGUCCUUCCCCAAUUGCUUCAUGUCCAGAAUGUCACAAUUCACUUUCUCCUUGGGUUUGCUGUUUGCAAUGUUAUCAAUUAAUUAAAGAAGAAACUGAAAAAAUAAAGCAAAAAAUGAUUGGAAAUAAUUCUUAA